AUGCUGCAACUGGGCAUAGUUCAACCGCCCGAUAGCCCUCAGGAGUCCCCACUGCACAUGGUGCCCAAGGUGACAUCAGGUGACUGGAGACCCUGUGGCGACUAUCGUGCCCUCAACAGCGCCACCAUUCCUGAUCGGAACCCCGUACCCCAUCUUCAAGACUUUGCUGGAGCCCUUUUCGGCAAAGCGGUUUUCUCGAAGAUUGAUCUGGUGCGUGCUUUUCAUCAGAUUUCGGUCGCCCCUGAGGACAUCCCCAAAACUGCCAUCACCACACCCUUUGGUCACUUCGAAUUCAUCCACAUGCCGUUUGGUCUUCGUAAUGCCGCCCAAACGUUCCAGAGGUUCAUCAACCAUGUCUUACGUUGCCUACCCUUUGUGUACGCCUAAAUUGAUGACCUUUUUCUGGCCAGCCGGAAUGAGGAGGAAGACAGAGAGCAUCUUGCCUUGGUGUUUGACCGCCCUGACAAGUUUGGCGUCAUCAUUAACCCCUCCAAGUGCGUGUUGGGUGGGCCUUCGCUCGAGUUCCUCGGCCAUCAUGUCGACUAUGAACUUUUGCGUCCUCUCCCCUCCAAGGCUGAAGCAAUUCGUGAUUUCCCUCCACCAACUUCCAAGCGUCAGUUGCAGCGAUUCCUCUGCAUGGUCACUUUUUACCGCCGGUUCCUACCGAACUGUGCUGACCUCAUGCUGUCGCUCACCAACAUGCUUUCUGGUCCCUAA